AUGAGCGCUCAAUUCGUCUACGGCGGAAUAAUCGCAUCAGUAAGAGUCUGCGAGAGAAAACUCAGCUCAGUCAGUGCCUAUACGUCGUCAUCAUACCCUCCUAACAGGAGCGGACAGUGCUGCCUUACGGAAAACACUUGUUAUAUCUUCUGCGGACUGCCGACGGAACAAGCGGUACGCAGCGAAGCCCGGAUCGAUUGUGAUGUUGCUGCUGUUGGUGCUGCUAGCGGUGAUGAUGGUAGUGGUGAUGAGGAAGUGGAGAACGGUGCUGUAAGGUACCGGCAGGAUGCCACGACGACGUGCUCAGUUGGUUCUGACGACAGCGACGACCAACAGAUGUUUUCUUCCUCGCAUGCAUCAUAUAUGUAUAUGUAUUCCGAUGCUGGUAAUAGUUCAGUGAUGUCAUUGAAAGGUGGACCAGAUUCCACAUUUAACGAUAGUUUAAUCAGAGAAGUACGUCUGAAUCCAAUAAUCUAUGACUUCUCACAUCCUCUUUAUGGUAAUGCAAUCAAGAAACAGGAAACCUGGAUUGAAAUUGCUGCUAAACUUAAUGAGAAGGUAGAAGCUGUAAAAACUCGCUGGCGUACUUUACGCGACCGAUACACAAAGGAACGUCGACGUGUGAUGACGUGCGGUGUCGGAUCAUCGUUCUCCUAUUAUGCUGAUCUCUGUUUCUUGGACAACUCUUGCACGGAAAAUAGGAUUGUACUAUCAAAACCUAUCAAAAGUUGUAAUCGCAGCGGCAAUGAUAGAAAUAGCAACAAUACUGGGGCUCAUUGCGAUGUUGCGACAUCUAUGUUCGUGAAACCAGAAGUUUUUGAACAGUCAUCCGAUACCAGUUAUAAUUUCGAUAACAGGAUCGCUGAUGACAUGUUAAUGGAGCAAGAAGAAACAGUCCCUUCUUCAUCAGGACCUGAACGUUCAAUACAAAGAAGACAGAGGAUUCGAAAAGCAAGUCAUAAAUCUCCAACACCGCCCGUAAGUUCAGCGACAGCAACAGCUGGAACAGAAAUAGCUGAAUUGGUGUCACUUGAAAAAGUACCAGUAAAACGCUCUAGACUCGAUCCUUCACCAGAUUCACCAUCAGAUACAGUUGCGCGUGCAUUGAUGCGUAGUGUUGAAGCGUUGCAGCGUUUAGCGGAACGGAAACCUGCCUUUGAUCGAGCAGUCGGUCCUCGUGAUGCUGACGAGUGUUUUGCCGAUUUUGUUUGUAUGUCACUGAAAUCAAUUGAUAAUGGUAGUAGAGUGCAUGCUCGAAUUGCAAUUCUUCAUGCUUUGGCACAAUUUCAGACAUAA